UCCCGCCCCUCUUUGGAAAGUAAAUGGUAGCCCGGAAGGGUCAAAAGAGUCCGCGAUUUCGCCUAGUGAAUUGUUUUCUGCGGUUCGGGAGAUCUACUCUUCUAGAGCUCUAGCCAGCGGGGCGACCCUGCAGUGGCAGGACUCGGCACCGCGCCCUCCACCGCCGGUUGGUGGCCUGCGUAACCCUUUCCUCUCGUCGACAUCGGAAGGAAGCCAGACGUGGGCGGCCAGAGAGGUCGGCUCGCUGAGGGGUCCGGGUGAGGCGCGCAUGGAGUAUGGGCCCGGGAGAUCCCUUGCUGUCCCCGAGCCGCGGGUUCCUCUUGCGCAAAACGGGGUGGCACUCCAGCCGCCUGCUUGGUGAUUGUGGCCCCUGCACACCUGUUUCUACAGCGCUUAGCUUCAUCCCAGUAGGAAUGGCAGCGCCAUCUAUGAAGGAAAGACAGGUCUGCUGGGGGGCCCGGGAUGAGUACUGGAAGUGUUUAGAUGAGAACUUAGAGGAUGCUUCUCAAUGCAAGAAGUUAAGAAGCUCUUUCGAAUCAAGUUGUCCCCAACAGUGGAUAAAAUAUUUUGAUAAAAGAAGAGACUACUUAAAAUUCAAAGAAAAAUUUGAAGCAGGACAAUUUGAGCCUUCAAAACCAACUGCAAAAUCCUAGGCUAUUCAUAAAGAUUGAAAGUAUUCUUUCUGGACAUUAAAAAAAGCUCCACUGACUAUGGGACAGUAGUAGUUUAAAUGAUAGUGAACAUCAAUACUUGUUCCCUGUAUCCGACACUUGAUAAUUAUGAUGAUCAAGAACCAGAUCUGUGAAGAAUUGAAAUAAAAUGGUAUUUAGUAAGAAAUCUAUUUUAAGAAAAAAAGUAAAACCUGUUAUAAACACAUGUACUUUUUUCUUUUUUUUUUAAUUAGAGGAUGGAUAGUAGGCAGAUAAAAAUUUAUAAUAUACAUAGAAGUGAAAUAAAUGGGAGUUAGCAUUUUAAUACAGGCAAGAGCUAUUACAACAGCCCAAGUGAGAAACGAUGAGGGUUUUUGGAAGGUUUAUAAGGAAGAAGGGUGAACUUAAAAUAUACAAGUAAAAUAAUAAAAGCCAUCUAUACAAAAGCCCAUAGCUAAUAUCACACUUAAUGUUGGGACAGUAACUGGAUGUGUAGCUAGUCCAGUGAGACAAAAAAGAAAAAGCAUACACACUGGGAAGGAAGAACUAAAACUAGCUCUACUCACAUAUAAUACUAUCUUACAGAAUGUACCAAUGGAUGCACGAAAAGAACUCCUAGAACUACAAGACAGUCAUAGAAAGGUUGCAGGAAACAAGGUCAAUAUACACAAGGAAAACUAUAUUCCUAUAUAACAGCAAUAAACAAUUGGAAUUUUAAACUUAAAAAUACCAUUUGUGAAUAGCACCAAAAAAAAAUUAAAGGAAUACUUAGGUAUAAAUAUAAUAUUUGGAGGCCUGUAUGCUGAGAACUAGAAAACCCUUGGAAGGAGACUACAUCAGAUGAAAUGGAGAGGUAUACAGUUGGCCCUCUGCGGGUUCUGCAUCCAUGGAUUCAACCCCGAACAAAAAA